UUGCAUGAAAUAAUGGAUUAAAAAUAUUUAGCAACACAUUUUCAGUUAUCGUGGAGCACAAACAAGACGCAACCCGGAAGAAGUUUCUGCAUCUAUACACUGCAGUGUUACGUAGUGGGGCCGAUGGGGUAGUCCAAAUGAGGUGGGAAAGUGGAAAAAUAAAUAUUUUGGCUUUGAUGGCAGUGUUUUACUUAUAGCUGCAUAUACCAUUAACAACACAGUUUCUUCUGUGUACUAUGUUCAAGAAGAUGGCUGAAUUUGGACCAGAUUCCGGAGGGAGAGUGAAGGGAGUGACUAUAGUCAAGCCCAUUGUUUUUGGCAAUGUUGCACGGUACUUUGGGAAGAAAAGAGAAGAAGAUGGACAUACGCAUCAAUGGACUGUAUAUGUCAAACCCUACAGAAAUGAGGAUAUGUCUGCUUAUGUCAAGAAGAUACAGUUCAAACUUCACGAAAGCUAUGGAAACCCUCUUAGAGUGGUGACAAAACCACCAUACGAAAUUACAGAGACAGGCUGGGGUGAAUUUGAAAUAAUCAUCAAAAUAUUUUUUAUUGAUCCAAAUGAAAGACCGGUCACUCUUUAUCACCUGCUGAAGCUUUUUCAGUCUGACUCCAGUGCCAUGCCCAAGAAGACUGUAGUGUCUGAGUUCUAUGAUGAAAUGAUCUUUCAGGACCCCACUGCCAUGAUGCAGCAGCUCCUGAACACUACUCGUCAGCUGACUCUGGGAGCCUACAAGCAUGAGACGGAGUUCGCAGAGUUGGAGCUGCGCACUCGCGAGAAGCUCGAGGCGGCCAAGAAGAAAACCAGCCAGGAGAUCACGGAAUUAAAAGAAAGGCUGAAAGCCAGCAGAGAGACCAUCAACUUCCUGAAGGGAGAGAUUCGCAAACUGGAGGAAGAGGACCAGAUCAAAGACCACUGAGGAGGUCAUAGGCUGUCCUCUCUACAUUUACUUGAAGUGUUUGACGGGGCUUGCUGAAUCAGAGUCAGAUAUAGCACCCUCACUAUAGAGAGUCAGAGAGGGUAUGUGACACAACAUAGAUUUAGUUCCUUUGGCAUAAAUAAAAUGUUUUAAGGUGUCAUCUUAUAUUUCGGCAUCACUGCUUUUAGCUGAAGACAUGUUUUUUUUUCUUUGCAUAUUUAAAGCCAAUGCAGAAUUCCUACUGUGUGCAUCGGGUGCAAGAUACCUAAAAGUUGUAUUUAGUGACGUAAAACAGUCCAGCGUAAAGUGCUACACUCAUGUGUGACUUUGACCUGAAUGUAUAGUGGCCAUACAAACUGCAACCUUUGUGUUUUUCUCUCAGUGUGAGAUGUAAUCACUCCCAUCUUGACUGUGCCUGCCUUCAGUACAAAUGCAGCCAAGUGAUAAUGGAAUGUGUUUGUGUUCUCUACUAAGUUAGACUAUGGGUUGUGAUCGUUUUACGUUUAUUUUUAAACUAAAGUUGUCCAUGGGUCAUUUUUUAAUGAAAUUGUUCUCUUUUUCUUUCAGGUAGCAAACUCAUUUUUUCAUCAAAACUAGCUUGUUAGUCUGUGAAAGAGGUUAAUUUAACUGGGGGACGGUGACUUGAUCGUGUAACAAUUUUGUGUACGUCUUCGGACAUUUUGGAAAAUCCCAAACAUUUGGUUGUACAUAGUGUUAUAUUUGCUUGUGUUGUUGAAAUAUUGAUUGACCUUGUGUACUUUAAAUGUCCUCACCAUAAACAGUCAAUGUUUUGUAGUAA